GAAAACAACAACCUCAAUGAUUCAACAAAUCGAAAUAAAUUCAAGUUUAUUGAAGAAUUUACAGUUUCUUGCUUGUUUGUGCACUUGCCGCAACAAUCAUUACGAUCAGACCGAUCAGGCAUAUGGAAAAUCGGUUCGUAUGUCCAUAAAAUAAAAAAAUAAUCAUCGACUUGAAAAACGUUCUAAUCGAACAUCAAUUAUGAUUAAUUCAUGGCUGCGUGUUAGAGAUUGUUUAUGUAACAUGAGAAUGUUAAACAAAUGUACACGCGUUUUCAUUUAUCUAAUGUCGAAAAAACAUCAAUUCUUGCCUGACAGUAAUACCAUAGUUGCAUGCGUACAUAAGCAUCAAUAAAAGUUUAAAUCUUUACCAUUAACUUGUUUACAAUCUGAAUGAUUAAAAAUAAUUACCAAAUAAUUAUACAAACGCACAUGUGGAGCUUUGAAGUCAAAUUGAAAACCAAAAAACAUUUUUCAAUAUGAAAAAAGAUUUCCAUGAAUUACGUACAUUUUUAGUAAGUAAGGUGGAAUUUUUGUUUCCUUAAAAUGUCACCAGUCUAUGAAGUUUCAUUUAAUAAAAAUUGAGAAAAAUGUUAAAUCGAGCUCUGAUGAAAUCAACCACAAAGUUUUUUCAUAUGGAUUUGUUUUGUUGUUUAUGUCAGGUCAUUGCAGUCAGUGUUGAAUCAUUUGCGUAAUUAUUGAGCAUGAAAAUUGUCAACUCUUUGAAUAGCACACACCAUUAUAGUCAUGUGACUGCUUUCUCGUCUCCCGAAUAUGUAAUUAAGCAAGUAGCACCUAAUGGCAUUCACAUGCAAAUUUGGGUAUCUCGGGUCUUGAGUAUGAAUGGAAGUUUUUGUUGUCGAAUUGCUUAUGAAAUUCUGAUUCAGAACUUCAGGAACGUGAUAACUUAA